GCGCAUGAUCUGAUUGUAUUCGGUACAGUCAAUCACGAGUGCUUGCCAUGGAUGAAUUUGCUAGGGACCCUUGUCCAUUUCGUAUUGUUAGUGAUUGUGGAGCGGCGUUUGCUAUGGGCACAAUUGGUGGUAGCAUUGUACAUUCUUACAAAGGUUAUCGUAAUGCCCCUUCUGGAUAUACCAAGAAACUAGUCAGCGCAAUGGUUAACAGCCGUCAGCGUGCACCACUAGUGGGAGGAGCUUUCGCUAUUUGGGGUGGUACUUUUACUGCAGUUGAUUGCACUUUGGUUUUCGCUCGCCAAAAAGAGGAUCCAUGGAAUUCAAUCACCAGUGGGGCAAUAACUGGAGCUGUUCUAGCUAUUCGUCAUGGACCGGCAGCUAUGGUUGGUCAAGCAGUAGUUGGUGGUGUAAUACUGGCAAUCAUUGAAGGUCUAGGAAUAAUGAUGAAUAGAUACGCUCCUAUGUUAAUGCAACCUCCACCAGAAGGUGUUCCAGAUCAGCAGAAUGAUCAGUCAUCUGGACCAGGAAGCUCUUCCGGCAGUGGUGGAAGUGGGAUUUUCAGUUUAUUUGGCUCUAAUCACACUCUGUCAUCUUCUGAGUCUAACACUACGGAAUCUUCUAGUGGAGGAGGAGGAGGAGUAUCAUCGAAAUCUGGGUUUUUAUUUCAAUAGACUAAUCAUAAUUCAUUGUAACAUUUAACAGUAGCCUUAUUCUUUUUUUCAUAUCCCUCAGUCGUAACUAUGUAUAUAAGAACAUGUUUGUGUAUACAAUAGCACUAAUCUUGAUAGUUCUUCAGCAUGGGCUUUUGUUUUCAUCUCGGUUAUAUAUGCAAACAUAUUUGUACUUAUUCGAUUACCGUAAAUGAGGAUUUUCUCUCCUCAGAACGUGUUCAAAACACUUCCAGUGGUCUUUUAUAUUUUAUAUCUAAAUUUCAUCCUACUUACCGCUAUUUGAGUAAAGUUCGUUGUCUACCAUUUUGGACUGAUUUACUGUUAUGCAGUAAAUAAGUUGGUGUCAUUUCUGUGUUAUGCCAACUUUUGAUUUCAUCGUUUUAGAAAACUGUCCAAGUUAAUUGCUUUUAGAUUUUAGCUGUCUUCCUUUGGAAAAAACAACAAUACAUUCUAUACUUUCUCAGACUGUAAGUAGGUUGUUUUCUUUUACUUUGUGUGAUGUGUCUCUUUCAAUUAUUCCUUAAUAAGUGAGUACUGUAGUUAAUGAUUUUCACUUCCAGGUACAAGUACCGAUGUGAAUAUCAUACUUAAUUGAUCAAUAAUUCUCUAGCGAUAUUCCCAAAAGUGUAUUUGAAAACCACACUUCUUUAGUUUGUGUGAAUUAGUAUGAAAAUAAGUGUCAAACAC